AUGAAAACACACCAAGAACAAACUACCCUCGAACGUUAUGCCAAAGCAAAAGAUGAUCUAGAGGCUAAAAUUUCCAUGAUGGAUUUAUGUUCAGAAUUGCAACAAGUUUACAAACAGCAAGAAGACAAAGCAUUAUAUCAAAAAUUGUUGAAUGGAAAUGUUGAAGAGGAUAUUCAAAGACUUGCUACAUUAAUGAGAAGAGAUCCGACAAGUUAUUUGGCCCAUCAACAUGAGAGAAUUAGCCAAGCCUUUGAAAAGUUUAACGAAACUGAAUUCGAAAGGUUUAAACUAAUCUUUUUGAUCAUGGGUCCCUAUUUAUUUGAAAGUGGUGGAUUGAUUAAUGAUUUUUUAGUGAGGCAAUAUUCACAAAUUAAGAAAAUCACAUUAGAGAGUAAGAUAAUGAAAUCUAUUCCAAUUGAAGAUUUUUCACUCAGUUAUUUGGAAGAAACUGAUCGAUUAGUUGGAAGCUUUGACAUUGAACAAGAAAUUUAUGAUUUAAAUCAAGAAUUGUACAAUGUUGAAACAUUGAGAGAAGCCAGAAAAUUGAUUGAUGACCUCUUGGAUAAGAUAUAUUACUAUCGAUGGAAUACCAUGAAUAGGUUAAAUGAGAAAAAAUUCUGGGAACCUUGGUUGGAUGAUUCAAUGACACACCUUUCUAGGCAAAAGAGAGACCUAGUUUCACGAAUUGUUGCUUUAUACACAACAGUUGAUAUUGUAAAGAAAGUACUGAUAGCUAUAUCAAUUAUUUUAGUUGUGUCAUUCAUCAUCUACUUGAUAUUUUUAGGUGUUAAGGGAUUUAUUAUCAAUCAGUCAUAUUAUGGGACAUGCAGCACAACAGAAUCAAACUUUGAAAAGAUUAAGACAGUUGCAACCAAAUUUACGAUUACCAAGUUCCAUAUUACUGUCUAUGGAGCUACUGAUUUUUUAAGAUUUUUUUCUGCAUUCUUAAUACUUCCUGUUUCUCUUUCAACUUUCCUUCUAUGGUAUUGGAUGGAAAUAUCAUAUUGGAAAUUGAUUGGGAUUUCAAAUCUACCAACCACAAAGGCAAUUAUUAAUUUUCUGUUUUGGGAUUCAGUUUUGAAACUACUUAUUAUUGGAGUUUAUUAUUUAUCUGCUGUAGUUUGGAUUAUUGACCAAGUAGUGUAUAAUAGAAUAGCUGGUUUGUGUGAUUAA